AUGUGUUACAGCUUCCCUGAAGAAGAUUGGACUAUUGAAACCAACGUACUUCAUUCAAACACAGACUACCACCCUAAUCGUAUCACCCCGACAAUUCUAUAUGAAUGGAGCUACGUUAACUUUACAUGGAACAAUCUUGAACAAUAUACAGAGGCAAUUAACACAAAAAGAUACGUACCAGAAAAUGUUCUCAUUGGAGGCAUUCGAUUUUUCGAAAACGAUAUGUAUAUGUCUUUACCCAAGUAUCGUCCAGGAGUUCCAGCAACUUUAACCGUUGUGUCAAAAGCUGAGAGUAAGUCGACGAAUGUAUUGGUGACGCCUUUUCCAAGUUGGGAGGAAAACGAUGAUUCUGAUUGUGAUAAUCUUCAAAAUGUCCUGGGAAUAGAAAUAGACACUAAAGGAACUUUGUGGGUAUUGGAUGGUGUACGAGUGAACAACAUGAGCAUCGAUUGUCCUCCCAAAUUGCUACUGUUCGACCUCAACCAAAAUGGAGCUCUAAUACACACCUACGUCUUCCCAAAUGAAAUAUGUCUUCAAACUGGAGGAUUCCUAAAUGAUCUCGUAGUGGAUGAAACAGAUGACGGUUUCGCGUACAUCACCGACAACUCCAACAUAGACCCUGGUUUGAUCGUCUAUUCGAGGCUACAAAACAAAUCAUGGAAGUUUAGAGAUAGCACAAUGUUUGCUGAUGUAAAAACAUCCCGAUUUUUUGUGGAUGGUGCUGUCAUUAGCACACCCUUGCCUAUUGAUGGCAUAGCUUUGUCACCGAGUCCUCUAGGACACAGAAAAGUGUUUUACUCUACUGUUGGUGGUUUAAACUUGUAUAGUAUUGGUACAGAUAUUCUCAAAAAUGAGUCUUCGAUCAGCAAUGGUUUAUGGAGAUAUGGUGUUAGUUUACUGGGGAAAAAACAAGGACACACUGACGGAAUGAUGAUCGACUCAGACAACACCCUCUACUACACCUUAAUAGAUUUAUACGGUGUUGGAAAAUGGAACGUUGACAACAAUUUUGAUUCUUCUGAAGUUAUUUAUCGGAACAGAAGUACGGUUAUUUGGGCCGACGGUAUUGCUAUGGAUCAGCAGGGAUUCUUGUACUUUACCGCAAGUUCUGCUCAUAGGUAUCUAUUCCCAUCAACCGAGCUGGAGCUGGCUUCUGAUAUUAGUUUUAGAAUUUUUAGAAUGUACACUGGAACUAACAGUUACUUGUUUUAA